AUGGUGACUUCGAGAAUACCGGCUUAUUCUCUGAAUUCGGAGUUCAACCGGGAGUUCAGAAGUUUCCGCAUAACGCGAGCCACACCGCGCUCGACACUGUACGCGCCGGCCAUCGUGCCCAUACACGAGUACCCCAGGGUCAGCGUGCACGAGAGAAGAGAGGCGCUGAAGGCGGCGCUGGCGAAGGCUUGGUCCUCGAAGAGCAGCGACAAGAAGAAACAUGACACGUGGACUGUGCCGAACGAGCAAAGCAGGGCUGGGAUCACAGCUGCUGAUUUUGCUAUGAAGACACAGUACAAGAGUAACACGAAAGGCGAAGAAGUAUCUCGAGUAGCAUUAGUGAAACAUGAGUUUGAGAGCAAGGACUCGGAGCGCACACAAAAACUAGAUAGCAAAAUGGAUAACUGCCAACCGGCCAGCUUCACUUACGGCCGGUUUAAUGGCAGCGGCGUCGACAUACAGGAGACGCUCAAGAGGAAUUGUGAUAAAGGACUACACAGUGACAACAGCUAUAACGAAUACCUCAAUGUUCCUAAAUGUAACGGCAGCUUUGAAAACAGUUUCCUCAAACAAAACUUAGAGGAACAUUAUAGCAAACGCAACGGGUACGAUAUCACAGCCAAACGUCUAGAGAGAGACAUCAAUUUAAAUAACGUCGAAUAUAGUAGCCUGAAUGGCGACUCGUAUGAAACAAAGUAUCGGGUCGCGAGCGCAACGGAAUCGUUGCAAUAUAAAAGUUACGGUAAAGGCGAAACCGUUAAGAGCAAAUUACUGAGCGUGGACGGUCCGAAGACUGUGGCGUCUUGCAACGGAGAGAAGAUGAACGGUUUCAACGGCAAGGAGCACCAGCGACCUCUGACCAGCGGACCCAAGUCAGUGGUGGAACAGAGGCUGGCCGAGCGACUGGAAGUGAAGGUCGCCGAGCUACCCGCUCUGUACCUAGGAGUGGAUUCAUGGACGCCCAAAUCAGCCGCUUUCCAGAAGAGUAUGCGCGAACACGAGUGGAGCGUAUCGUAUGUACUGAACAUAUAA